AUGGGUGGCCUAUUGACCCAAACGAAACCUGCUGGUGACCUACUAAUAGCCCACCAUGGGCUUAGUCAAUCUCAGCUUUGGGUUCCCGGCUGAGAACUGCAAAACUGAUUGGAAAGAGUGUGUGUGCUUGUUUUUAAAUGCCUUACACAACACUAUCAAACCGAUAGUUACGUAAAUUCAACUAACAAAUAUACCCACAAUGUAACUGGCUGUGUUUAACUAUAUAAAUUCUUUAUACAACCACUGAUUCAUUUGUACAUACGUGGAACACAAAAGCUUCUAUUUGGACAUUACGUAUAUAAGACCUGAUCUAUUUGUAUUUCCUGUUCUAAAAGUUGGUCCUUAAUUGCUUCUACUCAACUAGAUAAUGUGAAAAGAGUUAUGUUUAUAUGAUGUAUAAAGAAUUUAUAUAGUUAAACACAGCCAGUUACGUUGUGGGUCUAUUUGUUUUUAAAUGCCUGGCAGGCCCCAGCCAAGAUCUAAGGGAGCUACAUUCGGCCCAGCAGCUUUGACCGAGGUGCCCUAAUCUGAACAGGCACCGCUGUGCCUUUGGAGGGGGCCAGUGCCCACACCGCUGGCUGUGCAUGCAGCUUGCAGGUUGCUUUUGACUCCACUCUCCACUUCCUGUGACUUUUCAAGACGAAACAGAGUGUGGGAGGAACUUUAUUUUUCUCUUCCCUUUUGCAAAAAUGCGGAGGUGCCGACUGCUCCUCUCCAUCUGAGGUUCAAGAGGAGGUGUGGAGUUAGUAGAAGCCUUUAGAGAGGAGACAGUCCUUGGUGGCACAACAGCUGAAGACCGGCAGGCCAGGAUAACACAGACUGGUAAGUUGUCACACACACCCUUCACCCAUUUGAUGGGUUGCUUCAUAAAGCAGGUGGAUAGAGAUGGUGAUGCAUUAAUGUAAUGCAAGUCGGACUUCAUUAGAAUGACACAAGGGUGGACUCUCCAUAGAUGUGGUGAGCUCUUAUUCCUUGGAGUUUUUUUAAUGCAGGUUUAGGUUUGAUGACCCUCUGCAAGGGAUUCUGAAGCUGUGAUUCAUAGAACUCUACAGUUCUAUGAUUCUCUGUUCAGGUUUGCAGUCACUCUGUUCCAUCACCUCUCAAAAAAAACAAAACCCCACCUAGUCAACAUUCUGUAGCUUUUGAGCAUCUUCAGUCCUGAUUCAAGAGUUUGGGGAGUUAGGAAGAUAGGAAGCUGCCUUAUGCAGUCAGACCAUGGGUCCAGCUGGCUCAGUGGCAGCAGCUCUCGAGGCUUUCAUGCAGGGAAUUUUCUGUUGGGGAUUGAGCCUGGAACUUUCUGCAUACAGGCUCUACACCACUUUGCCCCUUAGGAUCUUGUCCCCUUCCUUGGUGGUCUAAUUUUGAGGGGGCCCCCCCCAUGCCUGCUGAUAGCUCCCCUUAUGGGUGAGGCUGUUUUGUCCAUGUUUAAGAGCGUCACUCACCCACUGAACCCCAGAACUAGAAGAAAUGAUCAGCACGGCCCCAGAUUGAUCAGACCGAGGGGUCCAUCUAGCAGUCUUCAGCUUACAACUGCAUUCAGCUGUGUAAUGAUAAGUUUGUGCUGGAGAAGGCAAUCAAAGGCUACCAUUCACAAUGGCUGCAUUGUACCUCCACUAAUGGAGGAGUGACAGUUGCUGCAAACUACAGGAGUGGAGAGUCGUGCUCAGUUCCUGUUUGCAGGCUUCCCAGAGGCAUCUGGUUGGCCUCUGUGAGAGCAGUGUGCUGGACUAGGUGGGCUUUUGACCUGAUCAAGCUUAUUCUGUAAAACUGAGAUUGCAGCACAGAGCCCAAGCAGCUUAGCUUGAUGCAAAGUUGCAGCCCUCUUGAUAACGUCUUAACAUUCUUCUCUUUCUGCUUUAACAGUUUUGCUCUUCGCUGGGUCAGCUCUGCUCACAGGCAAAAGGCUUGCACCUCUUUAG